AUGGCCGCGGUUUUGGUGCGAGAGGAAGGGAAGACCCAACAACCAAUCUACUUUGUGAGCAAAGCAUUCCAAGGAGUCGAACUGAGAUAUAGCAAACUAGAGAAGUAUGCGAUCAUACAAGGUCAGUUGUUCAAAAAGGGACUUAGCCAACCCUUGCUGAAAUGCCUACACCCUGACCAAACGGAUUAUGUGCUCAGAGAGGUCAAUGAGGGGUGCUGCUGUCACCACAUCGGGGGCAAAGCCCUAGCAAGAAAGCUCAUUAGAGCUAGUUACUACUGGCCAUCGAUGAUGAGAGACUCCCAAGAAUUCAUAAGCGUUCCUUGCUGGUUUGGGCAUAAAGCAAAAAUUCUCAUCUGUGGAACACCCCAAACGAAUGGCCAAGUCGAGGCUGCGAAUAAGGUCAUCUUACUAGGUCUCAAAAAGCGGCUUGAUAAGGAAAAGGGAGCAUGGGAUGACGAACUCGCCUCCAUCUUCUGGUCCUACCGCACAACCGUGCAAUCGUCCACAGGGGAAACCCCAUUCCAUCUGACAUACGGGGUGGAUGCUAUGAUACCCGUGGAAGUCGGCGAGCCGAGUCCACAGUUGCUUCUGGGAGGAGUAGAGGAAGUUGUAGAGAAAGACCUAGUAGACGAGGCUAGAGAAAUGGCCCAUUUGUCGAAAGCAGCACUGAAGCAAAGAAUGGCACUGCGCUACAACGCCAAAGUACUUAGAAGAGAAUUCGAACAAAAUGACCUGGUCUUGCAACGCAACGACAUCAGGAUGCCGACUCAUGAGGAAGGUAAGCUGGCGGCUAAAUGGGAAGGCCCCUUUAGGGUCAAAGAGAAGAUUGGUAAGGGCGCCUACAAGUUGGAAAGGCUCGAUGGCAGGAAAUUCCCGAGAACAUGGAAUGCGGGUAACCUGAGAAGGUUUUACUCCUAG